AGCAAACAGGGCUAACCUGACGAUGGAGCGAUGGCUGCCGACAUCAGUCUCACGGGUUAGGGAGGAUGUCAGUCAAGGAGGAGUUCAGGGUGCAGGUCCACACAUCAGAGCCAAUCAGAGGCAGAGUGGGGCGGGUCUUAGCAGAAUGCAGAGUACCGACAGAAGGCGUCCUGCAGGAGAGGAGGUUUGUCCUGUACGGUUCAAAUCUUUGAGGACGGACGGACAGAGAAGCGUCUUCGGAUGGGACAGGAAGUCACAGACGGUCACGCCUCGCACAGGAAGUUCCUCUGAGAACAGAACACCUGUGUCAGGUGACACAGGUGUGUCACCUGAGCAAAAGUUGAGGUGUUCACCUGAGGGGGGCGGGCCCAGGUGUUCGUCUGUAACACCUGAGCUGUCUACCUCCACGGCUGGGGGGAUGUUGGACGCAGAUGCCGUUGCCAUGGAGACCAGCGAGUCCAGUGAGGAUGAACUGGGACGACUGGACAUCGACCUGGACAGGAAGUCCAAACAGCACAACCUGACUUCCAGCAAUGUCCGCACCAUCCUGCACGAGGUGAUUACCCAUGAGCGCGUGGUGGCCAUGAUGAAAGCUGCCAUCAGAGACACUCAGGACCUUCCCAUGUUUGAACCUAAGAUGACUCGGUCCAGACUGAAACAGGCCGUCCAGCAGGGACAGCCACUGGACUGGAGUCUGUCAGCAGUGAACUCAGUCAAGCCUCCUCAGUUUGUGGACAUUGAUCUUGAGGAUGACGGGGACUCGUCAGAUGAAGAGUAUUGUCCUGAUGAGGAUGAGGAAGAAGAGGAAGAUACAGCGGAGGAGACCUUCCUCAGUGAUGCAGACAGCCUGGCUUCACCUCUCAGAAAGCAUCAGGACUCUCAGCUCAGAUUGUCCUCACACCAGAGGACUGAUGGACCCAUACAGAGAUCUCCAGGACAGCUGAGGGAAGAAGCGACGACCUCGACCUGUGCUCCUCAGCACCUCACGUCUCCGGCUGAGUCUUCCUUUCUGGAAAGACUGAACGCCGUAGAGGAGGAGCUGGACUGCAGCCCGGCCUACACCCUUAACCAGGUAACACCACCCCCUGAGCUCGCCACUAACCCCUGCCUACACCCAACUGUCUCUCUUCACCUGUUUUUGUCACUGUCUGUCUCUCAGUCUUUGGACAGAAAAGAUGAUGAUGAUGGUGGCGAUGAAGGCUGUCUGGCGUUUCGCACUCGCUCCAAACUUCGUCUCGUGAACGUUCCUCUGGAUCAGCUGGAGGCAGAGCUUCUGGCCCCUGACAUCACGGCUGACAUGUACGACCUGGGUACCGCCCAGCGGGAGGAGGACCGUCACUGGACAAAGUGGCUGCAGGGUCUCAUGGCCCCCUACAACGAAGAGGAAGCCGAUGAUGACGACGACCCUGAGUACAACUUCCUGGACGACAUGGACGAACCAGACCUGGAGGACUACAGGACAGACCGGGCCGUCCAGAUCACCAAGAGGGAGGUGAACGAGCUGCUGGAGGAGCUGUUCGACACGCUUCAGGAGGAGGAGGAGGAGGUGACCGCUGAGGAGCAGGAGCAGCGGGAGGAGCAGGAGCAGCGGGAGGAGCCGGAGGAGGAGGACGCCCCGUCACAGACUGGACCCAAAUUCAAUGUUCCACAGGCUUUACGUUUCGAGGCUCCGUUAGCCGGCAUGCUAACGGAGCGACGGCGAACGGUCCGAAAACAGUACGAAGCUCUGCAGCAGAGGCGGGCCCUGCAGGACACAACCAAUCAUCACCGUGACAACAUAAAAAUGAAGAGCCUGUCCGGCCCGCAGCCCAGCACCGCCACACCCGUCUUACUGCUGGCGAGCCAGGUGUGCCCUGCCCUCCACCUGGACUUCACCCAGAAGCAGCAGCUGCAGCAGCAGAUACAGCAGCAUGUGCAGCUGCUGACUCAGGUUCACCUGCUGAGUCGCCGUGUCGAUGCCCUGAACCACGAAGCCUGCAUGACUAAGCACUACCUGGAGGAGUUGCAGCAGUUUGCCAGCCGUCAGGAGGAGGUGUUUCUCCCCAGCAGCUUUAAAGCGUGUAACCUCCAGGGCGCUCUGGAUCUGCUGCAGGAGGUGGAGCAGAGAGAGGAGCCUCCUCCUGCUCCUCCUGCGCCUCCUGCCUCCAGACGCUGGCUCCCGACGAUGACUCCUGCCACCAACAGCCACGCCUUCCCUCUGCUGCCUGCCAACACCGCCUGGCUGUUCGCCACUCGACCCGUCUUCCUCUACCCAGAACUACUUCCUGUCUGCAGCCUGGACCCCGCCCACCACGGCCAACACCACAGGAGCGUUUACACUGCAGGAGAGGACGGGCUGAUCGUUCUGGGUCUGAAGCAUUUCGAGGGGGCGGUCCAGUCGGAUCAGCUGAUCAGCUCAUACCUGCUGUGUAAGAAUCGAUGGAACUUCAGGAAACACGUGAGAGAGAUGAGUGGCCCGAGAGCGCCGCAAAAGAACGUCAUCAAGAUGUUCCUGACGCAGAGAGUCGUCCCCCCGCUGCCGCUCGCCUGCAGCAGACUUCAGCCAGGACACCAGCUCCCCCCGGUGGACAGAAACACCCUCAACAUGCCCAACUGGCUCAAGAACAGUAAGCAGAUCGUCCAGAAGACCCGAACGGACUCCACCUGUUACCCCCCCUCCCUCCCCCCGGGCUGCACCCUCAGACUCCACCCCUAUUGGCUCAACAAGACUUCCCGCCCACCGCCCGCUCCACACAGACGCUUCUUCACCCUUGCCCACAAUGCAUCUCUGCUGCCGCUCGCCAAAGCCCCAGUAGACAGACAGGUAGACAGACCAGCAGACAGACAGGAGGAGAGACAGAUAGACAUGCAGCCGAUCGGCUACCUGUCUCUGCCCCGUCCAGGUGUCCCUUCACUCUCUGACUCUCCUGCUGUUUCAGGAGCACUUCCAUUGGCUCCGCCUCCGGUCUGCGGAGCCAUCCCAUUGGCUGCUGUUCAUCCAGUCCCCACUCAUCCCGUGUGUGCUGACAUCAUCCAGACGCACCUUUCAAAUGCCCAGAGUGCACAGCAGCCCUCCUCCCUCCCCCUCCUCCUCCCACUACCCUCCCUGUCAAACUCCAGCACUACGAAUCCCAUCAUGCCUUGCUCAGCUGCCGCUGUAAACCCAGGUUACUUUCUCCUCCAGAUGGUGCUGACGCAGCCGGCUCCGCCCACUGCCACCUCGCAGCAUGCUCUGGGGCAGCAGCUCGGUGGACGAAACACAGAGGAGCAGGAGGACGUGAAACAGACCUCCACAAAGCCCCUUCUCCAAGGGGAGGAGGAAGGAGGGGUGGAGGAGGAAGGUUCAGGUUCAGCAUCAACACUGAGCCCACUGUCAAAGGAGGAGGAGAGGAGCUCUGCAGGGACGGAGGAGCAGGAGGACCAGCAGCAACACGAAGAGGACUGGACUAUUACAGGUGUAGUCAGUUUGAAUGGAGGAGAACACACUGGUGGAGAGGAGGAAGACGGGGGAGGUGAAGGAGGAACUGGAGGAGCUGGAGAGGAGGAAGCAAGUGGAAGUGGGGGAGGAGAGGGUGAGCACGGAGGGGAGGGGGAGGAGGGACAGAGGGAAGACAGGGGAGGAGAGAGGGACGAGGAAGGAGAGAAGGAUAAGGACGAAGAUCAGGAUCGGCAGGGGGAGGAGGAAGAGGAGGAGGACUUUGAUGACCUCACACAGGAUGAAGAUGAAGAGGAAGUGAUGUCAUCUGCAUCAGAGGAGUCGGUGCUGUCUGUUCCAGAGUUACAGGAGACCAUGAAGCAGCUGACCUGGCUGGCAGCCGAGAGGCGUCUCUGUGCAGACGGAGACUCAGAGGAGGAUCACUCCCCGACCUCCCCCGGCUCCCAGGAGGAGGAAGAGGAGGAAGAAGAGGAGGGGCCUAAAGGGGAGGAGUCAGAAGAGGGGAGGAGCAGUAAGGCGGGAGGAGACGAGGAGCCGCCGUCAGGAGAGGGGAUGCCCAGAGGCGGAGGGAGGUGUCCUGGACGAGGACGAGGUCGAAGCCGACCGCUUCGCGGCCUGAGGAGGAGUCGGCAGGAGCGUCGCAGCAAAGACACCGCGAAACUGCUGCUGCUGUUGGACGAGAACAUCCUGGACAACGACCCGCAACGAGAGAGCAAAGACGUGGCCUUCGCUCAGACCUACCUGAGCAGGGUGCGUGAGGCGCUGCAGGACGUACCCGGGCAAAUAGAGGAGUUUGUGUCUCUUCUGAAUGAGUUCGAGCAGUUGGGAGAAGGACAGGAAGUGGUGCUGCUGUUCAGGAAGCUGCGAUUCAUCCUGGGAGAUCGGACGGACCUCCUCCAAGAGUUCGCCGCGUUCCUGCAUCCUGAGCAGGCGCUGCAGUGUGGACUGUUCGAGGAGCAUCAGGCGUUUGAGCGCAGCCGUCGUUUCCUGCGACAGUUAGAGAUCAGUUUCGGAGAUAAUCCGUCACAUUACCAGAAGAUCAUCAAAGCUCUUCAGCCCGGUCCGGACCUGAGUCCAACCAGCAUCCACGAGCUGAAAGCUCAGAUGGCCACGCUGCUAAAGGGCCACACCCAUCUACAAGCUGAAUUCUGGGUAUUUUUUGAUGAGCUCCGCCCCCCUCCGGCCCGUCCCGGACAGUUUGAAGAAGCUCAUUGGCCGGAGGAGGGAGGGGGUGGGUCAGAUGCUGGAGAUGGUGUCGGCCAGGUACCAGGAGGCGGAGUCAGUGGUGGCUUUGAGGAAGUGACGCUCCCAGACCUCGAAGAGGAAGAGGAGGGGCAUAAAAUCCAACCAAUGGCGAGCCGGCGCCAGAGGAGGAAGAUGGACGCCCACAGAAACUACAAGGACUGCGAUUGGUCGGACAAAGACUGGCCCUGUCCCUGUCUUGAUGGAAAGAUCCGCCGACACAGGAGGAAAGGAUGCUCUCGCUGCCACGGCAACAAGACUUCAGGGGGCGUAUCCAGAGCAUUGAAGAGCCUGGACCCUCUGUACUCUCAGAUAAGCUCCGCCCACGGUGAACCAGGUGACAAAUAUCUGGAUCUGAAGGGGGACGAUGACAGCCCACAGCCAGAUCGAAGCGGUGCAUCAUGGGAAGGCUCUUUCCCUUUGGCUGAUGAGAAGGAGGAGGAGGAGGAGGAGGAGGAACUGGAUGAUGAGGAGGAGGACGAAGAUGAGGAGGACAGGAAGAACACUGACAAGGAGCACAGCCCAGCAGUGAAGAGGAGCAGAAGAGAGGAAGCACUACAACCCCCAUCUGUCACCCCCACCUCCUCUUCUGUUACCUCCUCCACCUCCUCUUCCACCGUCGUUACCUCCUCCAGUUCCUGUAUCUGCUCCUCCACCACCUCCGACAGCUUCACUCCUACAUCAGUUGUCUCCUCUCUGUCCUCCUUUCCCUCGCUGUCUGUGUGCACGUCCUCAGUCAUUUCCCCCUCCAUGUCUUCCAUCCCCACCUCCAUCUGCGCCUCCUCCUCUGCUCCUCUUCGUCCCAGUCCUCCUCCUGACUUCCCAGUCUGUGCCAAGAAUAUUUCCCUGACAGCAAGCGGUGAGAAAGUCAUCCUCUGGACCAGAGAAGCCGAUCGAGUCAUCUUGACGACGUGUCAGCAGGAAGGAGCCAAUCAGAACACGUUCCAGGCCAUCUCUACUCUGCUCGGCAACAAGACUCCCAGUGAGGUGUCUCGCAGGUUUCGUGAUUUGAUGCGUUUGUUUCGGACGGCAGCUCGUCAGACCAGCUCCGAGGAUGAGGCUCCACCCACUGAGCCAGCAGCAGCUAAUGAGGAUGAAGACUGAUACUGACGACUGAACCAAUCAGAAGAGUUGCAACUAAAGGUUCAUUAAAGGUCACAGGUGUGUUUACUGUACAUGAGAAAAAAUGUUAAUAUGAAACUUCGAAAUUAUUUAAUGUUUCUGUAAAAUCCAACCAGUUUUUUGAUUUUUUACAAUAAAACAUUUUUCCAUCA